AUGCCACCCGCCUCGUCACCCCCACCUCCUUCCUCCCUCUCCCAAGCCACAGUCUCCACACCAACGGCCUCUACCUCCGUCAGUACUCCCAAACCGGCUGGGGGUGGUGUUGGUGGGGGUGGUGCUGGUGCAGGCGGUGGCGGUGGCUUACAGCUUCCCGGUGGUGGGAUCGGGAACAAGGGCAAGGCGAAAGCCAAUCCGAGUGCGGAGACGAGUCGUACGUUUCAAGGCAUCAUCAUCCGUGCGGCGUUCAUCCGAGUCGGAAAACGUACUCAACACUCUCUUGUGCCUGACUUUUUUUUUUUUUUUUUUUUUCCCGGUGAAUAGGGAAUACGACAAGAGCUACUUCGAAAGAGUAGGUCCUCGACUCUGCGAACCUUGUGAUUGACCCUUUCCCAGUUCCCUAACCCUCUUCCGAUCUCUCUCUCUCUCGAUCGAUAUCUCGAUACAGACCCCAUGAACCCAACACAAACACGAGCAUGACGACGGGUGGUGGGAAUUCGAAAUCCGAACAUGAAGGGAGCACGAACGUACAAGACCUCAUGGACGCCGUAGGAGCGAGUGGAGUAGAUAUCAACGUUUGUUUUCUUUUUUCUAAAGCCUCCUUCCAGUUGGGAUCUCUAAUCCUGAAAAACCAAACCAAACCCUUACCUCCCCCCCCCCAGGCCGAAGAAGAUUCACUACGCCAACAUCGACCCGUCGGAUCUCACUCCAACCCCACCUCAACUUCCCACCCCAACCCAUCCACAACCCACACCACCACCACCACCUCCGCCCCGUCCGCCCCCGCAGCUCCCUCCACCUCGACCCUAACCGAGCUCGACCAACGAAUCCACUCCCAAUCCUUCAUCGAGCCUCAAGUGCUCGCGGACGUGGUGCGUAAGAUCGCCGCCGAAUAUUCGUUAAAAAGUUUGGAAGGGCAAACGAUCCCUUUGAUCGCUUUGGCUUGUCGAACGAGGUUGAUGGAUUUGAUUUCGAAUUCGAUCUCGGUGAGGGAUCAUCGGUUGGGUGCGCAUCAUUUGAGGGAACCUCCUUUCGGUCAUGCGCUCAAGAGGAGGAGGAUCGAUCGAACUUUGGGGGAAGGGGAGGAGGAGGAGCAGCACGGAGGAGUAGGAGAGGAUGAGGUGUUGGAGGGGGAGAAGGAACCUGUUUGGGAUGCGGUCGUUUAUGAUGAACCUGAAAAGGCUUUGUGGGUUUUGGAAAAGGUCGAUAGGGAGGAGGAGAGGAGGAGGAGGAGGGAGAGGGUGUUGAGGGACGAGAAGGAACAAGAGGAGAAGGAAUUGAGGGAAGCGGUCGAGGCGAGUGAACGAGCGCGUGAGGAGCAAGAACGCGGUCCCGAAGGCCUUUCCACACCUGGUCUUGAUCGUACGGAUCAAACGACGACGACGACGAAUACGCUAGGUUCGACGACGGCGGGAAUGGAAACGCCUAAAUCGAACCCUCUUUUGAAGAAGAAGAAGAAGCGCGAAUUGGGUCAAGCCGCGAUCGCGAAGAACCUUUCCGGCGACGUGCAGAAACGAUUGACCGAUCAAAUCGCGAUGCGAUCUUUGGGUGGUCGAUCAUUCUCUUGGCUUUCGGGAGCAGGUGCAGCAGGGGGAGGUUCAACUAUGUCGACGCCUAAUCGACCCCAUACUCAAUCAGCAAUCGGAACACCUACACUAGGAACGACCCCAACUGCAGGUUCCUCCUCCCUGAACCCUUUCCCAUCCAGUUUGAACCGACUCACGACGAUCCCUUCCUUACACGACGCGAACCGACAAAAACUCGACGCCGAGGAAAGUUGGCGCCAAGGUGCUCACGUCGUCGAAUUGAAGGAUCUCUUAUUCGCGUUGGAUAAUCAGAGGGGGAUGGGAGCGGGUAAAGGGGCGGGUAAGGUCGCGAGCUUGAAAGCUAGAGCGGGGGUGGUGAGGAAAGCUUGA